ACAGUUCUUUAUUAGGAAAAUAAAAUAAAAAUGCAGUAACACAAAACAACACUGUCAGAGUCAGAAUACGACAUGACACCCUGUGGGUCAGGGUGUUGGUAGCAGUCCCAUUCAGUGGUGGCUGCAGUCCUCCUGCAGUGUCAGCUGUGGUUCUGUUGGAGCAGUGACCCUGCAGAAGGGUGGAGUUUUCCUCUGAAGAUCCAGUGGUGGUGUAGAUGGGCCUGGUCUUCCUCUGGGAAUGCAGCGGGAAAGAAGGCUGCUCCUCUGGGAAUCCAGUGGGAAAACAUUGCCUGUGGGGUUCCAUCCAGGUAGGAAUGCUUGGUUCCUUCCCCUGGGCAGAGCCUCUCCCAAUGGGAUGAUGUAAUUUGAUCACUGCUGCAGUGAGACUCGAUGGCCCAUUAACAGCAGCUAACUGCCCACUUGGACAGCGAUAGCACACACAGCCCUGCUCACAUCUCGCACUGCAACCUAAGCCACCACCAUAUUUAAUAACCCCUCCUCAUCUGCACGGGCUCAUCACUCCACCUUAUUCCUAACACUGCCACCGGACUGCACGGAGAGGCUGCGGAGGCUCCCUCGCCGGGGGCAUUCCGGAACCAUCCAGGUGCCAUGCUGUGUGCUCUGGGAUGACGCCGCUUGAGCAGAGGGAUGGAGCCAGCAAUGGAGUCCAUAUUUUCCAUUUUCCAGAGCCCCGGGAGGAGUGAUGCAGCAGGAUAUCCAGGGGACUGCGUUUUGGGGGACAGUGAGGAGGAGAAAGGCUUUCCUGAAAACCUAAAGCAAGAGGAGCUGCCUCAGGUACUUGAAGCCCAGAGCCCAGAGAGGGGCACAGCCUGUGAUUUUUCCCCUCAUAAAGAGACUGACUCCAGGAAAGUCAUCCUUGGCACUGAUGGCCAGAAACUGCACUGUGAAGAGAAACCCUUCAAGUGUCCAGAAUGUGGGAAGGGCUUCAAGGGGCACUGCAGGCUUCUGACCCACCUGCAAAUCCACACAAGAGAAAAGGUGUUUGUGUGUGCAGAAUGUGGGAAGAGCUUCAGCAGGAAGGCCAACCUGGUGGCUCACCAGAGAGUCCAUACAGGGGAGAGGCCUUACAAGUGCAAGGAGUGUGAGAAAACCUUCAGCCGUGCCUCAAGCCUCCUUGCUCACCACAAAACCCAUCUGAAAAAGAAAGUAUUUUCCUGCACCAUAUGCAGAAAGAACUUCAGUGGGAACACAGCUCUGCUGCAGCAUCAGAGAGUCCAUGCAGAUGAGAAGUCCUGUAGGCAUUCAGAGCAUGGAAAUAGCUUCAGUGUGAGCUCAAACUUCAUCAGACACCAACAUCUGAGAGAGAGACCCAGUGAACACACAGCAGAUGCAAAUCAACCUGAAUUUACAUCUCUGCAUCAGAAAGAGCAAAGGUGUGAUGCAGAGGAAAGUGAGAUGGAUCACUGGAAUCUUGUUUCUGAAGAGUUGAAGAAAAUGAGGGAAAACAUGGAUAUGCUUCUCCUGAAUCAGCGAAGUCAGCUGCAGGUGCUUCAGGAAAUUCAGAAGCAACUGAAUACACUGCUCCCAGGCAAUGCUCUCCUGAAUUCCAAUGUUUAUAGCUUAGGACUCCUGCUAGGACAGCAGGCGGCUGCUGCAGCGUCCAUUUCUUGCCCCCUUUUUAAUCCCAGCAGUCUCCUCUCCUGUGAAGGUGCCAGUGCCUUAUCCCUUUCAUCUGCCUCUGGAGCUCUGCCUGCACCUCAGCUCCCCAUCUCUCGAGAUCCUGUGGCUUCUGCAGCUUGCUCAGCAUUGUGCUGUGAACGUGUCCAGUGUAAACAUCUGUGACUCUUCUGGACCAUUCUGUCACUUGGGGCAGGUGACCUCUGGGCUGUGCUGUUGCAGUUGUUGUACCUGUGAAGGUGCUGACUGUACACUCAGAUGCAUUAACAAGCAGCAGUUGAUCAAAUCCCUGCCCUG